AAGCUGCCCCUUAUGGAAGAUAUAAAGGAUUCUAAGGUGAAGAGAUUUUGCUCCAAAAAUAUUCUGAUCAUCCUUGGUUUCUCCUCUAUCUUGGCUGUGAUAGCUUUGAUUGCUGUGGGACUGACCCAGAACAAACCAUUGCCAGAAAAUGUUAAGUAUGGGAUUGUGCUGGAUGCGGGGUCGUCUCACACCAACCUGUACAUCUACAAGUGGCCAGCUGAGAAGGAGAAUGAUACGGGGGUGGUGCAGCAGUUAGAGGAAUGCCACGUGAAAGGUCCUGGAAUCUCAAAAUAUGCUCAGAAAACAGACGAAAUAGGUGCAUACCUGGCUGAAUGCAUGGAACUAUCCACUGAAUUGAUACCAGCAUCCAAGCAGCCUCAGACACCUGUUUACCUGGGGGCCACGGCAGGCAUGCGCUUACUUAGAAAUGAAAGUAAAGAAUCAGCAGACAAGGUCCUGGCUGCAGUGUCAAGAAGCCUUAAGGACUACCCCUUUGACUUCCAGGGUGCCAAGAUCAUCACCGGACAAGAGGAAGGUGCCUACGGGUGGAUCACUAUCAACUAUCUGCUGGGCAGAUUUACUCAGGAACAGAGUUGGCUAAACCUCAUCUCAGACGGCCAGAAACAGGAAACCUUUGGCGCUUUGGAUCUCGGUGGAGCCUCUACACAGAUCACCUUCGUGCCCCUAAACAGCACCAUAGAGUCCCCAGAAAAUUCCUUGCAAUUUCGUCUCUAUGGCGAGGACUACACUGUGUACACACACAGCUUCCUGUGCUAUGGGAAGGAUCAGGCACUCUGGCAGAAACUGGCCAAGGACAUUCAGGUUUCAAGUGCUGGGAUUCUUAAGGACCCCUGCUUUAACCCAGGAUAUAAGAAGGUUGUGAAUGUAAGCGAACUCUAUGGUACCCCCUGCACCAAGAAAUUUAAGAAGAAGCUACCGUUUGACCAUUUUCAAGUCCAGGGCACUGGAGACUACGAGCAGUGCCACCAGAGCAUCCUUAAGCUCUUCAACACCAGCUACUGCCCUUACUCCCAGUGUGCCUUCAAUGGUGUCUUCUUGCCACCUCUCCAUGGGAGUUUUGGGGCAUUCUCUGCUUUCUACUUUGUGAUGGAGUUUUUUAAGAAGAUGGCAAGUGGCAGUGUUUCCUCUCAGGAGAAAAUGACUGCGAUAACAAAGGAUUUUUGCUCAAAACCUUGGGAAGAGGUAAAGGCAUCUUAUCCUACAGUGAAGGAGAAGUACCUGAGUGAAUACUGCUUCUCAGGUGCUUACAUCCUUUCCCUCCUUCUGCAAGGCUAUAACUUCACAGGCAGUUCCUGGGACCAGAUUCAUUUCAUGGGCAAGAUCAAAGACAGCAACGCAGGGUGGACUUUGGGCUACAUGCUGAACUUGACCAACAUGAUCCCCGCUGAACAGCCGUUAUCCCCGCCUCUCCCUCACUCCACCUACAUCAGCCUCAUGGUUCUCUUCUCCCUGGUCUUAGUCGCUGUGGCCAUCACAGGACUGUUCAUCUAUAGCAAACCUUCGUAUUUCUGGAAAGAGGCAGUAUAGCAGGAGCAGCCAAAAUUUGCUGGCUGGAGAGAGAAAACAGCCUGCCCAGAAGCGGGUUCCUCCCUGCAGGGGAGGCCCGAGUCACCCUUCCCUGCUUACCUGGACAGUCUAGACCAGCAUGAAGCUUCUGAGGCUUCCUGAGGCCUUUCCUUGGGGACACUCAACACCCUCUUCCUCAAGGACUUCCUGGUGAUACUGUCUUGUCUUUUCCAGUUAUCCUCUUUCUCCUUUGUCCUCUGUGCUUGGGCUCACAACUUUCAUGAUCUGUGCUUCAUAAAAGAACAAUCUCAACUUUGUCUCAAAGAACUAAGAGUCCUGAGUGCCACACUGCCCAAGCUGAGCUGGCUGAAAGAUGAGACUCAGAAACUGUCUCAGCCAUAGCUCUGGGACACUUCCUUCCCAUAUCUCCUAAUAAAGCCAUGCAGUGCCUUCGGAGAGAGGAGACACAAACCCAUUCCAAGCCUGCCCUUUGGAUAGGAGAAUUUUUCCAAAGUAGGUAAAUCUGUGCUAAAGCCAAAGAGUCUUUGCAAAGGAGCUUGUGUGCUCAAGCAGCUAGCGUGACUCACCGUCUACUGAAAAUAAGAAUGGAAACACAUUGUAUGUUCCUGUGUGAUGCCAAAAUGCUACCAAGUAGAACACAAAGGCCAGAGAGUUUUGAACCGUGGAUGCACACAUAGGCAUUCAGGGCAGUAUGCGGCAGUGCUAUCCACAACUAGGAAGAAAGCUACAGUUACCACCCAGGAUGGGAAAAUAUAUCCUCUAAUGCAUCUUCUAGAGUUUUGUGUUUAUUUUAUGUUAAAAUACACAUAACAUAAAUUUCGCCACAUUUACAUUCAGCCUAGUACCACCGAAUGGAAUUUAGUACAUUUACAACGUUAUACAACAAUCAUAAUUUUGAAGAUUUUGCUUUCAGUUUUUUGUGUAUGCGUGGGUCUGUGCAAAUGAGUACAGGAAACAUGGUGGCCAGAAGAGGGCAUCCACCCUUCGGAGCUGGAGUUUUAAGCAACCAGGUGUAAGCUGUUCAGUGUGGGUCCUGGGAAUCAACCUGGAGCCCUCUGCUCUUAACCUCUGAGAUAAGAGGUUAAGUUAACCUCUCCAGCCUCUACACCACUAUCAUAUAACAUUCUAAAACCAAGAAGUUGGCCAGGGACAAGACCAUACAUUGGUUUUCUCAAACCACAAGCCUUUUUCCACUGAUGGCCCAACAGAUUCUGCAACACAGAGACAGCACAGUGGGUUUGAAAGCCACGCUGCAUCUUAUUGUCCCAAGACUUUGUUUAGUGAGGGGAGGCAGGCUUCUGCCCUGCCAUGUUAUUUAUACAUCAGGUGUUGCUGCUGGUCCUCCUGUGUUAUACAAGCAUAUGCCUGCUUUCUUUCUGUCAUGGAGUGUUUCGUGGGUAAUGAAUAAGUGGCUAUGGACCUUCAUUAUGGAAAUGUAAAGAGAUCUUGUAUCUUUCCUAUGAGUAUUGAUGCAAGAAGUAACUGUUUGGCAGGAUUGAGCACUAUUGUAUUCUCGGCCUAACUCAAGCUGUCUGUCUGUCUCUGGUCUGGGGACUGACUACUUAGAAAGGAAAGUCUCCUGCAAGCUAAAAGCAAGUGUCCUCAAUCUCUUGGGUAGUCAAGCCAUUUAUAUAUAUAUAUAUAUAUAUAUAUAUAUAUAUAUA